GUGGUUGCCGGGACUGGUGAUGUGGCCCCCUCUUACCCCGCCCCUUUCCGCUAUGUCGGAAGAAACCCGACAGAGCAAGUUGGCCGCGGCCAAGAAAAAGCUGAAGGAAUUCCAGCAAAGGAACAAAACUGAUGUUCCUGCAGGAGUGAAGAAGAAACGGAAGAUCAAAAAUGACGGUGGCACCAAGACAACAACUUCUGAUGGUUGCAAACCGCCUGAGGAUAUUCAGGACAUUCUGAAGGUGCUGGUGUCCGACCUUAACCGUUCCAAUGGGGUAGCGCUAUCCCCAUUGGACAAGUGGAAGGCGCCCAAAGAUUGCGCCGCUCCUGCACCGGAACCUGGUAAUGAUACCAUCUUCCCUGGCGGUGUCAGUCCCACCAGUGUUGGUUCACUUCAUGACAGUAACAUGGCAUCACUUCAGAACCAUGAUGCAGACAAUGGCACUACCUCCAUGGAUGAAAACCAGUCUCUGUCAUCUACUGAGAGCCUGCGACAGAUUUCACAACAGCUCAAUGGGCUCGUGUCUGAGUCAUCAUCUUACAUCAACGGAGAGGGCCUAGCAUCUUCUACUAACAUAAAAGAUCUGGAGAACCGGUACCAAGAACUUUCAAUUGCCCUGGAAUCGAGUACUGUAACAAACAAACAACUCAGUAGCAAGAUAGAGGAAUUGAAACAGCAAAACCAGGAUGUUAUGGACCAACGAGAAAAAGAUAAAAAAGAAUUUGAGCAAAAGUUUGCAAAGGAACAGGGUGCUCUCAGGGAACAAUUGCAGAUUCACAUCCAGACUAUUGGUAUCUUAGUAUCUGAAAAGUCGGACCUACACACAGCUUUGGUCCAUACUCAGAACGCAGUCAGACAGAAAGCAGGAGAGUUGGAGGAUGUUACCAAUCGCCUGAAGACUUCCCGACAGCGCAUAGGAGAGCUGGAGAGGACUCUGUCAUCGGUCUCCAAACAACAAAAGCAGACUGACAAGUACAACAAGGAGCUUACCCAAGACCGAGAUAGCCUCAGGCUGCAGUUACUCAAGCAGAGCAAUAACAAUGAGGACCUAGCACAGCAGAACUCUGAAUUGACAGAGAAGCUUCGAGUCUUGGUUAAAGAGAAAACAGCCAUGCAGCAUGGAGUGGAGGAGCUACAGAAGAAGCUAGAGAUGUCAGAGCUAUUGCUGCAACAGAUCUCUAGCGCGUCUGAUAAAAGUGAGGUUUUACAGCAGGCCCAGGCAGAGCAAGCAAAGCUGGAGAGCCGUAUAGAACAGCUCAUGGAGAUAGUGAAGCAACUGCAGAUAGAGAGAGACCACUAUGCAGAGACUCUGAAAACAGAGAGCGCCAUUUGGCGGCAGCAGGCACAACAAUUGUUAGAGCAGGUGCAAACACUGGGAGAAGAGAAGGAGCAUGGUGUGGUUCGGGUGCAGGAACUGGAGGCCAGCUUGGCCGAACUCAAGAACCAGACAGCCGUCCCCCCACCUGAGGAGCCUCCUCCGGGGCCCUCUGAGGAGGAACAGCGGCUGCAUGCGGAGGCUGAACGACUGCAGAAGGAGCUAGAGAGACUUACAGGGCAGCUGCAUUUCCACUUAAAAGACAAUGAGACCCUGACUCACCAGAAUCAGGAGCAGGAGCAGAAGCUUCGGGAGCUACAGCGGAUAGCUGAGUGCUGGAAUGAGCAAGAGGCAGCUCGUGAGAAGAUUCUGGAGACUAUGCAGAAUGACCGCACUACCAUCAGCCGUGCUCUCUCCCAGAACCGCGACCUCAAGGAACAGCUGGCUGAGCUUCAGGAUGGCUUCGUCAGGCUGACCAAUGAGAACGUGGAGUUGACCACCGCCCUUCAGUCGGAGCAGCAUGUCAAGAAGGAGCUGGCCAAGAAGCUGGGCCAGCUACAGGAGAAGCUAGGGGAGCUGAAGGAGACGGUGGAAGUCAAGAGUCAAGAGGCUCACAGUCUGCAGGAACAGCGAGACCAGUAUCUGAGUGAUUUGCAGCAGUACAUGGCCGCCUAUCAGCAGCAUGUGGCUGCAUAUCAAAAUCUUACCUCUGAGAAGGAGACACUGCAGAAACAGUUACAGCUGCAGACUCAGCUUAUGGAACAACUGCAGCUUGAGGAAGCGCAGAGAAAGAUGGCAGCUGAGGUGGUCCGCCAAGAGUUGCAGCAGACCCAGGAACGCCUGGAAGCUGCCAGCCAGCAGAACCAGCAGCUGCAGGCCCAGCUGAGCCACAUGGCUGUGCCUGAGGAGGGAAAUGGGCUGGACAAUGAGGAAGAGGAUGAAGAGGCUUCCCAGCCAGAGCUGAGCAUCCCUGAGGACCUAGAUAGCCGAGAUGCCCUGGUGGCUUUCUUUAACUCAGCCCUAGCCAGUGCUAGGAAAGAGCAGGCGCAGCUGAGGGGACAACUAAAAGAGCAAAAGUUACGCUGCCAGCAGUUGGCUCAUCUAGAGGCCACGUCCCAGCGUGAACCAAAGGCCCUAGCCCCCGGGACUCGGGUGGACAGCGUGUCUGGGGAGACCCACCAGGCCAUACAAGUGGCCAUGGAGAAGCUGCAGGGCCGAUUUUCAGAUGUCAUGCGGGAGAAAGUGGAUCUGCAGGAACGUUUGGAACAGCUAGAACAUCGUUGCAUCCAAUUAUCGGGAGAGACAGACACCAUCGGCGAGUAUGUUGCCCUGUACCAUAGUCAGAGGGCAGUGCUGAAGGAGCGGCACCGUGCAAAGGAGGAGUACAUUAGGCGGCUGGCUCAGGACAAGGAAGAAAUGAAGGUGAAGCUGCUGGAGCUUCAAAAACUGGUGUUACGGCUGGUAGGCGAGAAGAAUGAGUGGUAUCAAAAAUACCAAGCUGCUUCCCAGAGCCCUGCUACUGGUGAGCACACAACAGCGCCGCCAGCCCCUCAGGAGCUUGGACCUGCCGAUGGCCAAGGCCUCCACGAAGUAAGCCUGGCUGAUGAUGUGGAGCCUCUUCAGGGAGGGGCCUUCUCAGUCCAAGCUGCUCCUGAGAACCCCACUGCUCAGCAGAUAAUGCAGCUGCUACGGGAAAUCCAAAAUCCACAGGAACACCCAGGCCUGGGCAAAAACCCAUGCAUUCCGUUCUUUUAUCGUCCUGACAAUAAUGAUGAGGUAAAGGUCUUGAUGAUCUAAACCUCACAAUGGGGUCGGGGGCUUUGCCCCCACCCCUUCCUUGGCACCCUUUACCUGGCACCCCUUCCCCAUCACUCCUUCCCUGCUAUCCCUUUAUCCUUAGAGUAGGAACAUAGGAAUACUGGGUGAACUCUCUGCCUGAUGUAGGGAGGUAGACAGGUGCACACACCUUGAUGCCAUAGCCAGGCUUAUUGUUCAUCUCUGGGAUAUGUCUAUUUUGUUCAGAAAAACCAAGAGCCCCCACCAAGCAGCUCUUUUUCCAGGGGGCUUGUAUUCUCUAUUGGGGGGGCUGCAUCCUCCAUUCAAGGGGGCCCAAAUAUCCCAUAUUCAAGGCUUGGGCUCAGGCAUUCUAUUCAAGACUGGGGUUGGGGGGUCAGGUAUGUCUAUUUAAGAGGGGAGGGCUGGGAUCUAUUUAAGGGAGGGCUUGGGUAUGUCUAUUAAUGGGGGGGUCCCAGGCAUUAUUAAAGGGUAGGGGGUUGGUAAUCUCUACAAGGGGGGACUUAGAAAUCUGUUUAAGGUGGCACACUUCUAUUCUAGCAGAAAGAACUAAUUAAUGUACCAUCCAUUCCAACGGGGGACUUGGACAUCUGUUUAAGGUGGGAGACUUCUGUUCUAGCAGAAACACUUAUUAUCAUCCAUUCAAAUGGGGGACUUGAAAAUCUCUUUAAGGUGGCAAACUUUUAUUCUACCAGAAACACUUAUUACUAUUUAUUCCAACGGGGAGUUGGAAAUCUCUUUAAGGUGGCCGACUUCUAUUCUAGCAUAAACACUACCAUCCAGUCAAAUGGGGGGCUUGAAAAUCUCUUUAAGGUGGCAGACUUUUAUUCUACUAGAAAGACUUACUAAUCCAUCUAGUCAAACUGGGGACUUGGAAAUCUCUUUAAGGUGGCAGACUUUUAUUCUAGCAGAAAAACUUAUUACUAUUCAUUCAAAUGGGGACUUGGAAAUCUCUUUAAGGUGGCCAACUUCUAUUCUAGCAGAAAGACUUAUUUACCACCAAAUGGCAGGCAUAGUAAAGGUGGAUCCUGCACCAUCGAGUCAGGGCAGGGGUGGGGGAGGCAUUUAUUUUAAAAGGGAAAUAUUACAAAACCUCUGUUAAAGGAGGCAGGAAGGCAUCAAAAUCUGAGGGGAACUUUCAUGAACUCUAUUCAAGGAAGGGGGAAGGCAUCGAAAUUAAGGGGGAUUCAGAUGA